GCAACCCUCACUGUUGUGUGGGUAUUAACGGGCUUCUCUUGUACGAUGGUCGUUGCGAGAGCCAUCACCAAAGCUAUCAGAGCUUCCGCUAUUCUUGUGGAGGACUAUUUAAUGCUCGUCUCGAUGAUCUUGGCGAUCUUGUUCGGAGUCUUUACGAGCUUAUUAUGCAGUCUUCCUCUUGGACGGCUCCAGCCGGGAUUGAGUUCCUACCCUGCACCACAAUUCGCCAGGGCUCUGUAUAUCAGCCAUGCCCUUGGGUUCAUGGCUCCACUCUUCGGACGUAUAUCAUUCUGUCUCUACAUGUUACGGAUCCUUGACAUAUCGCUUUUGACCAAGCUCGCUAUGCGGGCUUUGAUCGUACUGCAACUCGUUGUGAAUUUGAUGAUGACGGUCCUGGUCUUUACUCAGUGUGGCAGCUUCGAGGCACUAUGGAAGCACGGUCUGAAGCCAGGAGUACCUUCAUGCAUUCGUCACGAUGUGCUGAGGGUGAUUGCUUUAUCUGUGGUGACAUUCAACGCCCUAACCGAUCUUUACAUGACUAUACUACCAACAGUGGUAGUCUGGAAGAUUCAAGCGAUGACUGCACGCAAGAAAUGUGGCAUUGCUGUCGUACUCGGUCUAAGCUUCUUUGCGACCAUCGCUAGCAUCUGCAAGAUAUAUUAUGUCAAUGCUCUAUACACCACGCAAUAUGUCUUGCCGAUUGCAGAGCGCUUGAUGAUUGUCAUGGGCGCUGAGAUCAAUACUCUCAUCAUCGCUGCUUCGCUGCCCAUCCUAGGACCAUUAUUCCUACAUCGCUUCAGUCGUGCU